AUGUAUCUCCAGUUCUCCACACAACACACACAAAGCACAUCAGGUGCAACACUAGCUACAAGCACAAGAAAUAGGCAGCAAUGGCGAGGCAUGGCCUCCUCGCCGUGCUCCUCGUCGGGGUAGUGGCAGCAUCCACUUUCCACCAAGCAUCCGCUGCUGGCCGAGGCCUUGCUGCCGUCAAGAAGUUUGCGGAGCCAAAGCCAAAGCCAGAACCCAAACCAGAGCCAAUGCCAAAACCUAUGCCACACUCAGAGCCGGAGCCUUGCAAACCUGAACCGAUGCCCAAACCCAAACCAAAGCCUGGACCCAAGCCAGAACUUGGACCAAAGCCCGAGCCGAUGCCAAAACUGAAGCCAAAGCCCAAGCCCAAGCCCUGCUCCAAACCAAAGCCAAAGCCUAAGCCCGAGCCCAUGCCGAAACCUGAACCAAAGUCGGAGGCCAAGCCUAAACCUGAACCGAAACCGAAGCCGCCUUCAAAGUGCAAACCACCGACCACUCACAGUUGAUGGGAUACUGAUAUAUGCCAGUUGCUGGAUGAGACCCCGUAUGAAGCCACAGUGUGUUAUUUUUAGAAUAAGUGGUGUUGUAUUCCCUGUAUUCAUUUAUAGUUCCAUGCACGUGUGAUGAGUAUUAGUACUCUGUAAUUAUUAUUUGCAUGUUAGUAUAUGUUAAUCUACUUUGUA